AUGGUCUUUGAUUAUCUUCUGUGUCCAGAGCUCCUCCCUCUAGCAAACCCUGUCUUUUAUACCCCGCCUCUCUCUCUCUCUCUCUCUGUUUCUUUUUUACUUUCUUUAUUUUCCUCGAUUCAUUCUUUUUCAUUUGCUCUGACUACAACUUGUGGACAUUUCUUCUAUUGGCUGGACAUUUUGGGAGAACAAUGUGUGAAACAUCCAAAUAUUAUCUGCGAUGCCUGCCAAAAACAAGAGAUCCAAGGGAUGCGCUGGCGAUGCCUAAAAUGCCAUGACUUUGAUUUGUGCAGUAUAUGUUACCAUGGGGACAAGCACGAUGUCAGUCAUCCUUUCUUGCGUUUUGACUCUGCUCCCUCUAAAGGUGUAAAGAUGGUGAAGAGGGCGAACAGUGUCAAAAUUGAAACCUGGGGAAUAUUUACAGGAGCAAAAGUACUUCGAGGAGCUGAUUGGGAUUGGGGAAACCAAGAUGGGGGUGAAGGUAAACCUGGUAAAGUGAAGGAUAUCCGUGGCUGGGACUCGGAAUCUGGACGCAGUGUGGCCAAUGUGAUAUGGAGCAAUAGCCAAAUGAAUGUCUACCGGGUCGGACACAAGGGCAAAGUUGACCUAAAGGCUAUCCAGGUUGCCUCAGGGGGCAUGUUUUAUCGUGAUCACUUGCCUGUUCUAGGUCAGUGUCUUGAAUCAAAUGUUUCUGGAGGGGUUCCUUGUCAGUUCAAAAUUGGAGAUCGGGUUCGUGUGGAUCUAGAUGUUGAAAUUUUAAAAGUCAUGCAGGAAGGACACGGGGGCUGGAACCCUCGAAUGGCUGAGUACAUUGGUCAGGUUGGUGCUGUCCAUCGUGUAACUGAUCGAAAUGAUGUGCGGGUGCAUUAUGAAGGAUGUAGUAACAGAUGGACUUUUCACCCAGGGGCAUUAACUAAGAUCCAUUCAUUUGCUGUAGGAGACAUUGUCAAAAUAAUUGAUGAUGUUCACAAAGUGAAAGAAUAUCAAAAAGGACAUGGCGAAUGGACAGAGAGUAUGAAGAUGGCUUUGGGGAAAAUUGGAAAAGUUCUACAGAUUUAUCCAGAUGGGGAUUUGUUUGUGUCUGUCAGUGGUAAAAGAUGGACUUACAACCCAAUGUGCUGUAUAAUUCCACCCCCAGGAGCAAUGGAUACAAACAAUACAUUGGCAACUAAUGACAGGGAUGAUGAUCCUGGUAGAUUAAGUGAACUGCUGGAACAAUUGUUGGCUAUACACAAUAAGGAUACAGGCCUUGACCGCUUGGUACGAGAAUCUGCUCAGGGAAACAUAGAUAGCGUUAGGGAAAUUAUCACCAAAUAUCCAGAUAAGGUCGACCAGAAGAGUUCAGGCAAGACUGCUUUACAGGUAGCCAGUCACCAGGGCCAUAAAGAGAUUAUUUUGUUGUUGCUGGAGGCUGGAGCCAAUUUGGAGUUGCAGGAUGAAGAUGGAGACACAGCAUUACACUAUUCAGCUUUUGGCAACCAACCAAGUGUAAUGGAACUUUUGUUGACCAAAGGAGCCAACAUCAAUGCAUUGAAUAAGGGUGGAUGCAACACUCUGCAUGUGGCUGUAAAUAAGCAAUAUGUAAAGUGUGUUAGGGUCUUACUCGAGCCUCCAGGUAGGGUCAACAUCCAGGUUAGUCAACAGGAUGCCUAUGGAGAUACAGCUCUCCAUGAUGCAAUUGGUAAAGAGAAUAGGCAAAUUAUUGACCUUUUAAUUAAUUACCCGGGUGUUGACUUCACAUUGCGUAACAACCGAGGCUUCAAUGUACUUCACCAUGCGGCUCUCAAGGGGAAUAACUUUGCAACAGAAAGAAUCUUACAAAAGUGCAGACAUAUUGUUGAUAUAAAGAAAGAUGAUGGCUUCUCUGCUCUUCAUCUAGCAGCCUUGAAUGGCCACAGGGAAGUGGCCAAUACUCUACUUACUGUGGGCCAAGCACAGUUAGAUAUCAGGAAUAACCGACUACAGACGCCAUUACUGCUUGCAGUGUCCCAGGGACACAUGUCUCUUAUAGAGCUUCUGGUGUCUAAAGGAGCAGAUAUUAAUGUAGAAGAUGAGGAUGGAGACACCUGCUUGCAUUUGGCUCUCAUGAGACAAACAGUUGCAACAGACAGUGAACAAUCUCCCAGGUUGGAUGCUAUUCGUUCUCAACUUGGCUUGAGUGAUGAAGAUGAACGCUCUGGUCUGGCGAUUGCCUGCUACCUGGUCCAGCAGGGUGCCAACCUGUUUCACAAGAACCACCGUAAUACCACGCCCCUUGGUAUGAUCAAUGAUCCAGUCUUAGAAGAAAGAGUUAAACAGUUUGCCAAUACACAUAUGCCACGAAAUUUAACGGACAGUCCCUCAUGCAAUACCAGUGAAUGUAUGGUUUGUUCAGAGAAUGCAGCCACUGUCAAGUUCCAGCCAUGUGGACACGUUAUUGCCUGUGAAGAAUGUUGUCUAAAAAUUAUGAUCAAGAAAUGUAUCCAGUGUAAAGUGCCUGUAUCUAGCAGAAUUGGAAUUGAUGGUUCCCAGUUUAAACAUUCGUCAUCACCGCCAUCUUCAUCGUCGGCUACACAAGAUUCGAAGCACAAUAAUAAGCUGCAGGAAUUGGAGGAGCAAUAUAUGUGCUCAAUCUGCAUGGAACGUCGCUGGAACAUGGCAUUUGUCUGUGGACAUACCACAGGAGAGUCCAUUAUCUAUCUAUCUAUCUAUCUAUCUAUCUAUCUAUCUAUCUAUCUAUCUAUCUAUCUAUCUGUAUAUAUGGCCUAA